AAAUGCGCUAUUCAUUUCCAGUUUGUUUUAUCGCUGAUUUCGUGAUAUGCGUUGCCCUGUUACAUGUUGCGAGAUCUUCGUUGCUCAUAAGCGGUAACGAAACACCAUCUGUCAACAUUAAUCACUGCGACAAGGUGUUGGUUUGUAACUGUGACUUAAAUCAAGACUCUAAUGUCAGCAAGGCCAUAAAAGCGCUUGAAACAAAGCUGGAAAAACUCAUUGCUUUGGUUAACAGAACCGCGACUCCGCAACCACAACAAGCACCAGUUUCAGUAGGUCCCUUCUCCUCUUGCAAGGAACAGUACGAGAAAGGAAAGUCAAGACGAAGCCAAGUGUACCUGCUGAGGUUUGGUUCACAGGAGAUUAAUGUUUACUGUCACAUGGGGAACUUUGGGUGUGGAGGUGGAGGAUGGACGCUGGCCAUGAAGAUUGAUGGCACAAAGAGUACUUUCCAUUAUGAAUCGCACUUCUGGAACGACAGAAAUUCCUUUAAUCUUCUUGGAGCUAAGACUGGCUUCGACUUACAAGAAACAAAAUUGCCGACUUACUGGAACACAUACUUCUCCAAGAUCUGUCUCGGUAUGAGAAUCGGCCAUCAGAACAGGUUCAUGAUAAUCAACAGGCACGCUAACUCUCUUUACUCACUGAUUGCUGAUGGAAAAUACCGCGCCACCUCACUGGGUCGUUACAGUUGGAGGAGACUGAUUGGUUCGGACGCCUCCUUACAGCGCAAUUGUAAUAGGGAAGGAUUUAAUGCUAGGACAUCCGUAGGUUAUUCCAAAGCACGAAUUGGCAUCAUUGCUAACAACGAAAACGAUUGCAGCUCCUGUAAUUCUAGAAUUGGAUUUGGUACAGGAGGAUCCAAUGAUGACUCAAACACCUGUGGAAACGAGGCGAUUGCUGCGGCAGAUAAUGGAGACAAACACAUCAAAGCCAUGGGAUACAUUUUGGUGCAGUGACGUGAAA